GAGGACGUCUGGUCCGGGCUGAGAGGUGGAGCAGCGGCAGCAGCCGCCGCCGGAAAGGGAGAGGCAGGAGAGACCGAGACUUGGAAACCCCAAAGUACCCGCGACCCUGCACGGCAGGCUCCCUUCCAGCUUCAUGGGCAAAGUGUGGAAACAGCAGAUGUACCCUCAGUACGCCACCUACUACUACCCCCAGUAUCUUCAAGCGAAGCAGUCUCUGGUCCCAGCCCACCCCAUGGCCCCUCCCAGCCCCAGCACCACCAGCAGUAAUAACAACAGUAGUAGCAGUAGCAGCUCAGGAUGGGAUCAGCUAAGCAAAACGAACCUCUAUAUCCGGGGGCUGCCUCCCAACACCACAGACCAGGACCUGGUGAAGCUGUGUCAGCCAUAUGGGAAAAUUGUUUCCACGAAGGCAAUUUUGGAUAAGACAACGAACAAAUGCAAAGGUUAUGGUUUUGUCGACUUUGACAGUCCUGCAGCAGCUCAGAAGGCUGUGUCUGCCCUGAAGGCAAGUGGGGUUCAAGCUCAAAUGGCAAAGCAACAGGAACAAGAUCCUACCAACUUGUAUAUUUCUAAUUUACCACUGUCCAUGGAUGAGCAAGAACUUGAAAAUAUGCUGAAACCAUUUGGACAAGUUAUUUCUACAAGGAUACUACGCGAUUCCAGCGGGACAAGUCGUGGUGUUGGCUUUGCUAGGAUGGAAUCAACAGAAAAGUGCGAAGCCGUUAUUGGUCAUUUUAAUGGAAAAUUCAUUAAGACACCACCCGGAGUUUCUGCUCCUACAGAACCUUUAUUGUGUAAGUUUGCGGAUGGAGGACAGAAGAAGAGACAGAACCCAAACAAAUACAUCCCUAAUGGACGACCGUGGCAUAGAGAAGGAGAGGCUGGAAUGACACUUACUUAUGACCCAACCACGGCUGCUAUACAGAACGGAUUUUAUCCUUCACCGUACAGUAUUGCUACCAACCGAAUGAUCACUCAAACUUCUAUUACACCCUAUAUUGCAUCUCCUGUAUCUGCCUACCAGGUGCAAAGCCCUUCUUGGAUGCAACCGCAACCGUAUAUCCUACAGCACCCCGGUGCCGUGUUAACUCCCUCAAUGGAGCACACCAUGUCACUACAACCCGCAUCUAUGAUCAGCCCUCUGGCCCAGCAGAUGAGUCAUCUGUCCCUAGGCAGCACCGGAACAUACAUGCCUGCCACGUCAGCUGUGCAGGGGGCCUACUUGCCACAGUAUACCCACGUGCAGACGCCGGCGGUUCCUGUGGAGGAGGCGAGUGGUCAGCAGCAGGUGGCUGUAGAGACGUCUAAUGACCAUUCUCCAUAUACCUUUCAACCCAAUAAGUAACUGUGAGAUGUACAGAAGGGUGUGCUUAAAUGAAGAAGGUUGUGAAGGCUGAACAAUCAUGGAUUUUUCUGAUCAAUUGUGCUUUAGGAAAUUAUUGACAGUUUUGCACAGGUUCUUGAAAACGUUAUUUAUAAUGAAAUCAACUAAAACUAUUUUUGCUAUAAGUUCUAUAAGGUGCAUAAAACCCUUAAAUUCAUCUAGUAGCUGUUCCCCUGAACAGGUUUAUUUUAGUAAAAAAAAAAAAAAAAAAAAAAAA